ACGUUAAGCCUAAGCCCUAAGCCACAGCAUAAUAAACGAAACCAGCAAGGACACUCCCUGAUGCCGCCUUUGAAGUUGAAAAGUACAGGGUCGCCGUUUUUCGCGUAGUACAUCUCAGUGGUGAUGUGAUGUGUUAGUUCAUCAGUGUUGCCGAUGUCACCAACUUUAUUACUCGUGAGAGAUUCUUUUUGAAUAAUUUCUGGAAUUUAUGCAAAAGAUUAACAAUACAAUCGCCAUUCAUCGUCAAUAUUUUGUGUUAUGUCCCAAUUAUUGACAUAAUUCUUACAGGCAUACGUAUAAAAUUAUGUUAAAAAAUAUUUAAUAUUAUCAGAAUGUCAUAAAAGUUAAGUAAAUCUGAUGAUUAUGUACAAAUCGGCAACACUGUCGAUUUUCUACAUUGUCUGGUACUACGCACAAAAUGGCCGACGAUCUGCGCCGUAAUAGUGCGCGAACUUUUCCCGCCUACUAGUGUGUCACUGCUGUUGCGUUUUCUAUGCUGUGCCUAAGCUAAGUGCUAGUGCUAAGUUCAUGUUGAACCACCUGUGAACCACGAACCACGCUAUUUUGUAAUUUAUUUAUGUUUUAUUUUAUGUUGUAUUUAACACAAAAAUAAUUGUUCUACUUGUUUCUACUUUCUACUUAACAUAAGUUUUAAAUUUUAAUAUAUGUAAAAAACAAAAUAGGUUCAGUACUAAAUUCAUCGAAGUGUUACACGCAUUUUUAAAUAUGAAGCAGAAGCCGAAACAGAUUCCAUUUCAGUUGCAUUUAGCAACAAAAUCGGGAAACAUACGGAAAGUGCGACGGUUGAUUGAAAGUGGUAGACAGAGAGAGAGAAAGAGUAGAUUAGAAGAGAAAAGAAGAUUAGAGAAAAUUAAUGAAGUAAAUUCCGAAGGCUUUACGGCACUACAUAUAGCUUUGGAAUUCAACCGCAUAGAUGUAGCCAAAUAUUUGUUGGCACAAGGUGCUCAUGUGAACAAUAUCGAGAAUCCUCGGGAGAAAAGUCUUUUACAUAUCGCUACCGAAAAUAAUAAUCUUGAAAUGAUUCGACUAUUCACAGAAGCUGGAGCAAAUAUGCAGUGUAAAGAUAGAUAUGGAUGUAUGCCAAUUCAUGUUGCAGCUCGCUUUGGAUAUAUCGAAAUUAUAAAAUAUUUUGUAGAACAGGGGAUAUAUGUAGAUAUUAUGAAUAAUUACAAAAAUACGCCUCUUCAAAUAGCUGCCGAUAAUGACCACUUCGAAGUAGUAGACUAUUUGCUGUUAAAUAACGCUAACGUGGAUUUAAGAGAUAGGCAUAAUAAAGGUUCAAUCCAUUAUGCUGUUUUAGGAUGGAAUGUUGAAAUAGUUCACAGACUUAUAGAAAAAGGAGUUGAUAUAAAUAUUCGCGAUAGCGAAGGUCUCACUCCCUUACUUGAAGCUUGCGCACAAGGGACUUUAGAAAUUGUCCAGUUACUGUUAGAAAACGGUGCAGUGUAUAACCUAGAGGAAAGUCCAAUCCAUUAUUCUCAUUCGCCAUUCCAUGCUGCGGUUAAAUUCAAUCAUAUAGAAAUUGUAAAAUAUAUUAUCAGCAUAGGGGUAGCCGUGGAUUUCAGUACAAGUCAUGGAUAUACUCUUCUGCAUGUAGCUUGUGGAGUCGAUUAUAACCCUGGAAUAGUUAAGUUUUUGCUUGAAAACGGUGCGGAUGUUAACAAAAAAACUACUGAUAAAGCUACUCCAUUAUAUUUUGCGAUAAGUAAAUACCCACGCAUAGAGACUGCAGAAUUAUUAAUUCUAAGUGGAGCUGACUUAAAACAGGCUGGAUAUAAAGGCAUGAGUCCUUUAUCGAUAGUUAUAAGAAAAGCGUCUCAUGAUCUACCAAACCUUCCACAAUGGAGGGCUCUUGCACAAGUAAUUUACAGAUAUACCGUGUUAAUUUACAAUCCGAUCCAAAUAUUUGUUCCAUAUGGUUGUCAUUUCGUGGAAGAAUUACGCCAAUACUCUAAAGACUGCCAAAAAGAAAUACAAAGUAUGAUGAGUGUGAUAAUAAAGAAUAGUAAUGUUUCAUUGUAUCAAAUAAUUUGCGACUCUAAUAAAGGUGGCGCGUUUAUUAAAUAUCUACGUAACGACAAUAUUAAAAACGAGUUACAAAAUAUUAAAGAUUAUCUUGAAGACUUUUCGAUAUAUGUAAAUAUUCAUCCGUUACUACAACUUAGGGUUAAGGAAGGCUUUAAAAGAAUGGAAUUACUUACAGGCGCUGACUUAAUAAUGAAGAAAAUUGCGCCUCAGUUACCAUCAGAAAUAAGAUAUACAAUAUUGGAAUACCUAAACAUGACUGAUCUUAAAACUGUGAUUAAAUUAGAUUUAUCCAAAUAAAAAUGAUUUUUUC